AUGCUCUCACGUGUUGCUGCUGUGAAGGCACCCCGCACACACAACCGCCGCCGCGUGACCGUAUCCAGCGGAAGGAGGAGGGAAGGAAGAGAGAGUGAGCCGCAGAGGCCCAACAUGUCCCGGCAUCUCUUCCAUUUUGUGCUGCUUCUACUUGUCGUCAUGGCUUUCGGCGGCAGUGGGACUGUGACUGCGGAUGAGGAGCAGGAGCCAGCUGAUCCAACGUUUGAGUGGAAGGGCAUCACUGAGGGUGAUGAUGUAACUGUGGACUCGUUGGGUGUUCCCAGCCUUCUAAAAGUGGGGAGUGACGUGUUUGCCGUUGCCGAGGCGCAGUGCGGAAAGGAUGGCGCCGUUUUUACUGGCGUUGCAUCCCAAGUUCUCCCGAGAAAAACUACUGACAAGCCGGAGGAAGUGCUGAAGGAAACCAAAGAUACACAAGUACUGGAGGAAGUCGGUUCCGAAAGCCAAAAUAAAAGAGUAGAUGUGAGCCGACCAACAACAGUUGUGGAGGGAAAUGAUAUUUACAUGCUUGCUGGAAAGUACACCAAUAAAGUUGCUGUUCCUGGACAGAAUGCCAAGCCUGGUGCGGCUCAAUUGGGACUUUUGCUGGUGAAAGGGAGCGUCAAUAGUGAGGUUGAAAAUAAAAAAAAAAUUGGCUGGAAAGAUACUGAAAAUCCCCCGCAAAGACUGUUUGGCACGCAGCUCGAUUCCUGGGCGAGGCUGAUUGGAAGUGGUGGAUCGGGUGUUAAGAUGCAUGACGAGACGCUUGUUUUUCCUGUGGAAGGCACAAAGAAGAAGGCGGAGGCCGCAGAGGAGGAUGGAAAAACCGUUUCACUGAUCCUACACUCGAAGGACUUUACGAAUUGGACGCUGUCGAAGGGGAUGUCUGCCGAUGGCUGCAGUGAUCCCUCCGUCGUGGAGUGGAAGGACACAAAACUCAUGAUGAUGACUGCGUGUGCUGAUGGCCGCCGCAGGGUGUACGAGAUCGGUGACAAGGGGGAGUCGUGGACGGAGGCACUCGGGACACUCUCGCGCGUGUGGGGCAACAACCACAACCGAGAUGUGAAGGGCGUUGGGAGCGGGUUCAUCACAGCGGAGAUUGAUGAAAGGAAAGUGAUGCUCGUUACUCUGCCGGUGUAUGCCGAGAAAGGCAACAAAAACGGCAAACUCCAUCUUUGGCUGACGGACAAUACACACAUUGUUGAUAUUGGUCCGGUAUCCGGUGAUGAUCAUGACGCUGCCGCCAGCUCCCUGUUGUACAACAGUGGUGAAAGUGGAACUGAUGAUAAGAAGGAGGAGUUGAUUGCACUGUACGAGAAGAAGAAGGGCGGUGAUGAAGGAAAGCCAUCACCCGGUCUGGUCUCUGUGCUUUUGACUGAGCAGCUGGAGCGGGUGAAGAAGGUGCUGGCGACCUGGAAGGAAGUGGACGACCGUGUCUCCAACCUGUGCACCUCAUUGAUUGCUGCGAAGGAUCCCCCAACUGACACUGACUGCAACGCUGUUAAGAUCACGGAUGGGCUGGUUGGCUUUUUGUCUGGCAACUUCUCUGAUGGCACAUGGAGGGACGAGUAUCUCGGGGUGAACGCCACAGCAAAGAACGAUGCAGCAGCGGCCACAGGGCCCUCCGAUGGUGUGAAGUUCACUGGGCGUGGCGCAGGGGCGGAGUGGCCCGUUGGCAGGCAGGGGGAGAACCAGCUGUACCACUUUGCUAACUACAACUUCACUCUUGUGGCGACGGUGUCCAUCCACAACGUGCCGGAGGGUAAUAUUCCAUUGAUGGGUGUACGAGCGGGCAGUAAAGGAGAAAAAAAACUUAUUGAGUUGUCGUACGGCAGCGGAAAGAGGUGGCAGGUGCUGUGCGGUGAUGGAGAUCCUAAGGAGCUCAGCAGCAUUGGGGAGAAAGAUACAACGCACCACGUGGUAAUUUUGCUACGGAACGGCACCCAGUGCACCGCGUACGUCGAUGGUCAGCGAGUGGGUGGUGAUGUGCCAUGUGAAUUGGGAAAUUGUGACUCGAAAGAGAUCUCCCACUUCUACAUUGGAGGGGAUGGAGGCAGCGCAGAGAACAAAGAAGGCGUGUCUGUGACUGUGACGAACGUCCUGCUGUACAACCGCCCGUGGGAUGACACUGAGAUUGGCGCCUUCAAUCCGAAUAAAGCCAAUAUUCCAGUUCAGGUGGACAAGUCUGUUGAAGGAGACGCGGUUCAAUCUUCUGGUGGAGGAAAGGAAGAACAGGGACAGUUGUUGGUGAGCAGCGGUGCAGAUGUUGUAUCCGCACCAACAGUGUCCAGUGCCCCGACUUCCUCAGGAGAAGAGGGGUCUGCAACCCAGGUGGUUUCAGAAGAAUCUUCCGAUGGAAGUGAAAAUGUGGGUGGCGCUUCCUUGUCCGACAGUGACGCAGCGGUGGAGACAGGAGACCGAAGUAUGGUGCAGGGAGAUGGAUCAUCACAAACUCCUGUGGGUACUCCCGCCACAGCAGAUGCAUAUGCCCCUAACGCUGAAGCCACGGGGCACGAUGGAACCGCAGUGAAUCCUGGGGCGAGCGCGAGCUCAGGCGCGGAUGGGGAGGCAGCGGAAGGAACGGAUGGGCAGGAGAAGGAGGAGGUUAAUACGCAGGUCGGGGACGUAAAGGCUGCGGCCCUCAGCAGCAGUCUCGGGAAUUUGUCGCAGGGGAAUAACAGCGAUGCCGGCACCAUGCGUGAGAGCGGACCGUUGCCAUCGCUGCUUCUUCUCCUGUUGGGACUGUGGGGGUUUGCGGCUCUGUGA